UAUUUUAAGAUUAAGACUGAAGAAUAUGCAUUUUGUUGAAUGAAGAGAGAUUUUGUCUGUAUGGUUGACUGAUCAGAGGAGAGUUGAGACAUUUAUUGGGUUUAAGAGGAGGCAGGGUAAGCCUUUCUGCAUGGGCAUUGGCUUCCCUUCUCUUCAUUUCGUUUCAUGACUUGAGAAGCCAUGAUGUUGUUUUUGUUAUGCUAAGGAACUGUGGCUUGCUCUGGAGUUUAAGGUGUCAUGUGAACACCGGCUUCUGUGGAGUUUCAUGUGCAAUAUGAACAGCAAGUGUUUGUUGUUAUGUUAGGAGGAGAGCCCCUGUGGUUUAAUUGAAAUUUUAGUAAUAUGAAGCAAAGAGAAGGGAGGGAGAAGGAUAAGUUAUAGGCAUGGAAACCACUUUGGCUGAGAGUUUGUUGGAAUGGAAGGAUUUUCCCAAAGGUCUCAGGGUUCUGGUGUUGUAUGAGGACACUGAGGCAGUUGUUCAAACCAAGUCCAAAUUAGAGGCUUUUGAUUAUGUUGUUUCUACCUUUUCCAAUGAAAUGGAGGCAUUGGCUGCUCUUGCAAGUGGGACCAAUUCCUUCCAUGUUGCCUUGGUUGAGGUGACCACAGCUAAUAAUUGUAGAGGUUUUAAAUUCCUCGAAAAUGCCCGUGACUUGCCAACUAUUAUGAUGUCAAACACGAGUUGUCUGAACACAACAAUGAAGUGCUUAGCACUUGGAGCAGCAGAGUUUCUACAGAAGCCCAUUUCAGAGGAUAAACUAAGAAAUAUUUGGCAACAUGUGGUUCACAAGGCAUUCAGUACACAAGAAAAUGUUCUGUCCAAGUCUCUAAAACCAGUUAAAACAACUAUUGCAUCGAUGCUUCAUUUGGGGCCUGGAGUGGCUCAAGUUAAGAGUGAAAGACUUGAAAGCGGAAAAGCUGAUGACAGGAUAGAUGAGGCCAGCACUUCAUAUGAGGCGGUGUCUCACAUGUCAGUACCCACAAGCCCUGUAACAGAAGAAACAGUCAUUGAACACUGUAACAACGAAAUAUUUCAAGCCCCCUCAACUCCUCAGCUGGAACAAGGUUGUAGAUCUUCUUCUGAUGAGGACCUUCAGGACAAAUCUAUAACAUUAGAUGGUACGACAAAUCUAAACACUCAAACUUUGGAUGUUGCCAAUGCUAUUGGGCAAAUGGCAAUAGAACAAGUGAAACUAAAAGCCGAAGCCAUCUCAGAGUGGUCAUCUAAACUUAAAGAUGAUAGCUUAGUAUCAGCAAAGAAAGAAACUCAAGAUAUGGAUGAAAUAUCAUUGCAAAGAAGAACUACUAUGCAGCCUGAGCUGCUGAAAUCUGACGACAUAACAAAUGAGAACUUGCAGAGUAGAAUUCAUUCUAGCACUCCUGAUUCACAGUCAAAGACUGUAGAUGUGCAUGUAGUUAAUAAUUCUGGUAUUGCAGAAGAGGAAGUAGGUUCAGCCGAAUAUUCAAAGAGUGAUGAGGAAAAUAUUGAGAAGGAAGGUGUAUUGUCUUCGUACACUUGCAAUGAAGAGAAUAUGGAUUCCAGUACAGAAGAUACGAAGGGGAAGAGUAACACAGACAAUGGUUGCAAAAAAAGCAAGAGUGCUUCUAGCAAGAAAAAAUUGAAGGUAGAGUGGACAAUAGACCUCCAUCGGCGUUUCUUGCAGGCUGUAGAACAACUUGGAGUUGACCAGGCAAUCCCCUCAAGAAUUUUGGAGCUUAUGAAAGUGGAUGGCUUAACUCGGCAUAAUGUUGCCAGCCACCUGCAGAAAUAUCGUUCUCGUAGAAAACACAUUAUGCCAAGGGAAGAUGAAGUUGCAGGCAGGCGAAGCUGGCAGCAUUUUGACCCUACUUGGACUAGAACUAAGCAAAAUGGAUCUUGGAGUCACAAAGGUAACCCUGCUUCUGGACAAGUUCUUGCUUAUCCACCAGUUCAGCUACAACCUGCACCACAUGUAACUGCUACUGGUCCGCCUCUUCAUGUGUGGGGCCAUCCUACAACUCAUCAGUUAGGUAGUAACAUUUGGCAGAAAUCUGUUGUGGGUACUCCAACAUGGCAAGCGCAAGAUGGCUCUUUCUGGAAACAUCCAGGGGUAUAUGUUGAUGCUUGGGGGUCUCCCAUGCCGGGGAUGUCAUUCUACCCACAACCGAUGGUGAAGGUAGCUUCCACCAUGGAUGUUGGUUUAGCCAGACAUGUUCCAAUCUCGGAUACAGCUACCAACAAUGGAUCUCCUCUGUGGGGAAUGUCGGUUGAUGUUCACCCGCCAAAAGAGCUAAUAGAUGAAGCCAUUAACGAGGCAUUAAAUAAUCCAUGGAUGCCUCUUCCUUUGGGUCUAAAACCUCCGUCAAUGCAGAGUGUUAUUUCAGAACUUCAGAGACAAGGGAUUAGUAAAAUUCCACCCCAUUCUUUAUGAAAUUCUGGCAGACACGAGUGAAGCAUGGUGCAGAUCAGAACUUAUAAGCCUCCAUUGUUUGAUCAUGACAACUUUUUGCAGCACUUGUAAUUUCUGAAAAAAAAAAUUAGAUUCUGUGGCACUGCAAAGAUUGUUAGCCAUUCCAAAAGAAAACACAGUUCACCAUGAGUUGAUGCAUACUUUACUAAAGCAUCAGUAUUUGCCCUCAGCUGGUCAAGGAAGGAGUCCUUUUUACUGUUCUGGAGAUGACAUUUCUCUAAUAGUAAUAACUCAGCUAGGGAAUUUACUCAAAAUGUUGGUCCACUAUGGUGCCCAAAAUCACAGCUUUUAGUUCUGGUUUUUUUGCCUAAGAGCACCUUUUAAUUCAGUUUUGUUUCGAGCUCGGGUUCUCCCAGUUCUUGGUGGCUCAUCUACAAAGCUCGUUACUUCAAAAUAAUGUGCAAGACAUAGCUGUGCUACUUCUUUUCAACGUAUCAGCUCUUCAAAAAAUUGUAUAUCUGCUUGUAUGUAUCUGUAAAUCAUUGAAUUGAAAUAAACUCUUCAAAUUAUAGAUUA